AUGGAACAUCUUGUUCUGGACAAGGUUGAUCAUUCCCAGCUUGAUCUCAAAGUUGUGGUUCUGCACUGGUGGUGGAACAAUCCCUUGUCUCUGUUGGUGGCGGUUUGGAGCAUCUCCUUGACCAAUCGGUCGAGUUUGCCUAGCUCGACCGAGUCCAUUCCCAAAGGGUUUCCAUUCCCCUCUGCUCGACCAAGUCUUCAGUUGACCGACUCGAUCGAGUUCGCAUACACCUGCAAAAAGAGACAAAAACCCAGCAGUACAAUAGAACAGGGGUGGAAGUCAAGCAAGCAAUUUCGUCUUGAGAGGGCUAGAGUUGAGAAACCACGAUCUGAUAGGCCAAGAGCUGAGAGACUUGUUCAAGCCCCUUGUGUGCUUGAUGAAGAGAGCCUUCAAGCUUUGUUUGAUGAGCCACUAGGAAGGGCUCUACAAGAAGGGGAGGAUGCAGCCUCUAAGGCAAGACCAGGAGAUAAAAGAAAGGAUCCACCAGCUCAGGCCCCUUCAGUCAAGCCAUCUCAGCUCACAAUGACCUUGUUCCCCACCAAGUUUGAAAAUGGGAAGAUUGAGUACAAGAUAAGGUACAAGGGGAGAUCAAGGCCAUUCUCUAGAGCCAAGGCCUUGGUGACUUCAGAACAGUCCAGGGACCCAACCAAGCUAAAGGAGCUUCUGUCUCAAGUCCUCACUAUCACCCUUGAUGGUGGGACUAGCUCAACCAAUGCCUAA